AUGCCACCACAAAAACGUCGCUUAUUUCAGGUUAAUCGUCAUGUUCAAGCUUCUAUAAUGCUCUUAUCAGUUAUGGAUGGUGCCGAAUUCGAUCUCAACAAUACAUCUCUUUCCUCAUCUCCAAAAACAACGCCCACAGCAGCAUCAGCAGCGACAACAACAACAACAAUAUCAACUACGGAUGAUUACGACAAAGAUCUUCAACUAGCUGCCGAACUUGGCCGAUGUCUACUCGAACGAAAUCAAGAAUUGCAAACUUAUAUUGGCGUCCUACAAAAACAAAUUGACGAUGAACAGUGUGAUAUUAAAUUAUUACAUGCUAAACUCGAAUCGACGCGUGAACAACUUGACAGUAAAUGCAAACAAACAGAACUCUUAGAUGCAACUAACUUCGACCUGGAGCGAGAACUUCUUCAACAACGUCGCGAAAAUGAACGAGAACGACAAAGGGUUAAAGAAUUGUCUGAUCUAUGCGAAAAAACACGUAAACAAUGUCUGGAAAUUGAACAUGAAUACGGAAGGUUUCGUUCGAAACAGUUGUCUACACAAUUUUAUCCAAAGCCAAUCACUUCUCAUAUACAAUCCUCAACUAUUCCUCCAGCGAAGUCUCGACUUCGGCGACAUUCGCAAUCGACAAAUGUUCAUCCAAUACAAAAUUCAUCUCCGUCAUCGAAUAUCUUUGAUGUUUCUUCGGCUUCCGUGUUUAAAACGCAUCUGACUGAAUUGAAAUCACGGAUUAAAUCGUUAACAUCCGAAUGUUCAACAUUGAAUGAUAAACUUCAUCAAUCUGAACAGGAAAAACAGUUUUUUAUCAAUCGCAUGACACUUCUCGAACGUCAACAUCGCGACGAUAUCGAUUCACUUCAAAAUGAACUGAAUCAUUACAAAAAACUCCUUGAAAAACAAUCCAACGACCCGCCCUCAACCAUUUUCUCACCCAUGUUUUCAACUCCUGAACAUGAUGUGUCCCUGUACGAUGAAGUUCUCUUCGAAAACAAAAAACUUCACUUCAAAUCGUCCUAUGAACCAACAAACUACAAAGACUUAUUUGCAAGCGUUUAUGCAAAGUUGAAAUCCAGUAAGAAUAUUAAUAAAUGA